GGAAGAUGGCGGCGAUUUGUGGAAUGGGGUUGCUGUUGCGGUUUUAAAAAGCCAAAAAACAGUUGAUGUUGUAUUUUAAAGGUUGAUUUAAUGUCAUUAAAAGAGGUACCAGUAAAGUCAGAACCGAGUCCUUGAUGUGAGACUACAGAUCACCGGACGAAAGGUUUGUCCCCGGAUUCCAUUUUCCUGUCGUGGCUUUGCCCAUUGAUCAAACCUCCAAGUCUGACUUCAUCACCAGUUUUCCUGGCCCAUGGACUUGACUCCAGCGUCAGCCUUCAAAAGGAGGCCUGCUUCCUUCUCUUCCCCAAGUGGAGUUGGAGAGAUUACCAGGAGCCCUCCUCCCUGCUCACCCUCCUUGUCUCUGUCAUCUCCCUCAUCUGAUCCAUCUUCACCAUUGUCUACAUCCUCCUCUGUCUGUGCCAACUCGUCAGUUUGUCAGAACCAUGUAAAAGGUCAGACACAGGGGACAGAGGUGGCCAGGGUGUCCUCCACUUCUGCCUCUCUAGCAGCACAGUCUCUCUCCACACCUAUACCAAACACCACCUCAUCAGCUUCCUUCCCUUGCACUUCAGUGCAGCCAAGUGUUGAUUGUGAGCAGGGCAGGAAAAGGGAGAUGUAUGAUCCUUUCCAUCCAACUGAGGGAGUAAAGGGGGAGGAGGAGGAAGAUGAGAAAUAUGACCCUUUUGACCCCACUGGUUCUCCUGCAUCAGAUGCUGAUGACAGGAGUGGUAAAGUGAGGGGAUUGAAGAGAGAUGUUGAGCAAAGAGAUGAGGAGAAAGAGGAAGAACCACCAGAUUCCACUGACACCUUGACUGAUUUCUCAAGCACCUGUCUGGCCACCCAGCUCCCUCUGAGGAGGAGAGUAGACUGUGGCACCACUAAAGCUGGAGAGCAGAGGAAUAGUGCUGACUCGGAUCACUCUGAGUUAGAAGAAGGGGAGAUAGUUGGGGCUGCUGACAGAGAUGGAAGCAAUAAGAGACAAGCUGGAGAAAUCCUCCCCCUUAAUUCUACUAGUGUCUCCUUCUUUGGUUCAAAAGAGCGCAUCCUCCGGGUGCUGGAUGGGGAUGGCUUUGUGUCUGUGCAUACAGAGGGCAAUUGGGAGGUGGACAGGGAGCCGGAGGAUGAGCCUGUUGUAGGAGUAGAGGAUCUGAGAAGGAAGCUGGUUAGCAAGCGGAAAGAGAGAUAUCUCUCCUUUCCUGCUUCUUCCCCCCUCUCUCCUCAGCCACUGCAUCCUCCCUCCCAAGCUCCAGUUGCUAUAUCCUCUUCCCCUCUGACACCUCCAUUAGAGCAAGGCAAUAAGAGCCGCAAGUCCUCCAAGAGUUCAAAGGACCGCGACCAACAGAAAAGCAAGGAUAGAAAGGCUGGGGAGAAGGAGGAGAGAAGGAAAAAAAGAAGGAAGGACAAAGAGGGAUGUCAGGAGAGGAGCAAAGAAAAGGAGCGAGGGCACAAGGAGAUUAAAGGAACGAGGAGUAGCAGGAGCAGUAGCCGGAAGAUAAAGAAAAGAUAUCACAGCAGCCCAGAGGCUUCACGAUCCUGCAACUCUUCAGGAAAAGGGGGCCACACUAGACACUCCUUUUCAAGCCUAUCUGAAGAAAGACACAGAGAGAGGGAAAGAGGGAAAGAUGGAGACAGGGACAGAAUUAGAGAUAGGCAAAGAGACAGAGGAAGAGAGAGGGAUAGGGAUAGAGAGAGAGAGCAAAAUCGUACUGGUAGCCGUAGAAGAGAUGAAAGAGAUCAGGAUUCUAGCUCUCAAAAGAAGGAGAGAGAAAGGAAGGGAAGACAGCAUUCAAGCAGCAGAGAGCGUGGCAUUUCAAAGCGGUCCAAAAGAAGCAGGGAAAAGAGGGACGGUGAUAGAGACAGGCAACAUGAGAGGGAACGGCGGCGAGAUGGUCGUCCUGUUGUCCCGCCAUCUAUCCAAGACCUCACUGGGCCUGACCUCUUUGCCAUCAAGCGAACCAUCACUGUCACCACUACCACGACCACCACCACCGUACCGGGCUCCCCAAGAAUUGCCCCUACCUCUCCCUGUCGGCCCACACAGGAAUCUGACAAGCCACACAAGAGAAAGAAGAAGAGAAAGUGGCACUCUGCUGGAGAGGUGGAGGAUCGAGAAAGUUGUCACAGCCAGUCGCUCUCGCCACCAAGGUAUCACAGCUACGAGUCAGACCACUAUUCAGACAAAUUGGAGAUUGAUGUAUUGUCUUUAGAUGGUGAAGCUUUGGACUCGGACUACCCAUCUUUGGAAGAUACACCCCCUGCUGCCCUUCCACCAGAACCACCUGUCCCCAGUCCCAAAACUAAUACUGCCUCCAGGACUGGACGACAUCACCCAAAAAAGAAAUCUCGGUCAUUAAAGAGAAGUGGCCAAUCUGAAUCCUCCUCCUCCUCCAAUAGAACUAAAAGUAAAUGCCUCUCCUCACUGACGGUCACUUCAGGCUCUGCUUCCGUCUCAUCUGGUCUCCCCUCAGUAAAGCGAGCCAGGAAGAUGGGAAAAGACAAAGAGCGGGACAAAGGCAGCAGAAAAGAUUUGGGUCACUCUGGAAAAUCCAAGAAAGAGGGUGGUGGCAGUCGGAAAGGCAAGCUGCAGUCCAAAGUGUCUGUGCUGGUGCGAGAGGGCGUGAGCAGCACCACAGGGGCUUCAGUUGGCUCUGGAAAGCUGGGCAUGGACCUCCUAGGGCCAGGCGGUACAGGGGGAGGUGCUGGAGGGGGUUCUGUGGUGGGUGGCUCAAUUGCAGUAGUUUUCUGCAGGGACAAUGAGAGCAGGUCUCCAUUCCUCAAACCUUGCUCAGAGCCACUGUCACUGGGCAGCCGCAGUAAAGAUUUGGCAAGUAUGGGAAAACGAAGCUGCCUGGCUGGACCACCAUCCUCCUUAACCAGUCCUGUUGGACUGAAAACCAAGAAAACAAAACCAAGCUCCAUCACAUCCACCUCCUCCUCUGCCUCCUCUCCCUCGUCAUCGCUGGCAACCAAGCGCCGGCGUCGCCUGGCCAAGAAGACAAGAGAAAAAGGUGGAGCUGCAGGGUUGACAGCUGGAGAAUGCAGUCAAACAAAAGCCACGUCUGAGGGCUGGGGUGGAGCCUCCUUAGAUGUUCAGUCAGUCAUUGGAGAUGGGAACAAGUCAGUCAGUCCGCAUACUGGCCAAGCUGGCCCUGCACCCUGCUCUUCCUCAUCUUCCACAUCCUCCUCCUCCUCCUCCUCCUCCUCUUCCUCAUCAUCAUCCUCCACCACUGUGCUCCCACCCUCCUCCUCACCACCACACACACCUCCACCCUCUAUGGCGCCUUUGCGGGACACCAGAGAAUCUUCCCCAGACUCCCAGACUGUGGACAGUAGCUGUAAGACUCCAGACCCUUCUUUCCUAGCUGAGGACUGUCCAACUCAGACCAGCCCCGCACUCCCGGCAUCAAGUCCAUCCAGCCUGUCCACCAUCCAGGGAGCAGGCCUCAGCAUCACCUUGUCUACACCCACUGCCAAGCCCCCUCCUCCAGAUGAUGCACCAGAAUCUCUGGCCUCACCUCCUUGCUCGUCCUCCUCGGCAGGCUGUGGUCUCACCUCCCUCUCUCUGCCCCUGUCUUCAUCAGACCCCUCCUCCUCCUCUGUUUCCUCAUCAUCUGCCAGUAAGCCUCCUCCUCCCCCACCCCCAUCAGCACCCACCCUUCCCUGGAGUCUGCAGACUGGGGUGGACUGUACGACUGGAGGAGUCCUAGCAUUGACUGCUUUACUAUUCAAAAUGGAGGAGGCCAAUAUCGCCAGUAGAGCGAAAGCACAAGAGUUCAUUCAAGCAACCAGCCAGAUUCUCUCACAGGCUAACCAGAGCCAGUCCCAGCAACAUGCUCCUCCCUCCUCAGCCUCCUCCUGCUCCUUACAGAUCCCUCCCCCUCCCACCCUCCCUCCACCUCCUGGUCUUAGCCCAGCCAAGUUCAUCCUUCACAGUUCCCUCCCACUGGUUGGCUGCACCAAAACUCCACCCUCUCUCCUGCACCCCUCCAUAGGUGGUGGAUGUGCACAGACCCCACCCUCCAUCAUGCCAGUGGUGCUUUCAGGAGUGAGUGGGAGCUCUGGUGACACUGGAUGGGACAAUGAGAGCAAAGACCCUGACAAGUACCUGAAGAAACUGCACACCCAGGAGCGGGCAGUGGAGGAAGUGAAGCUUGCCAUCAAACCUUACUAUCAGCGCAAAGACAUCAACAAGGAUGAAUACAAAGACAUCCUCAGGAAAGCUGUGCACAAGAUCUGCCACAGCCGUACUGGGGAAAUCAACCCUGUCAAAGUCAGCAACCUUGUAAAACUGUAUGUCCAGCGCUACAAAUACUUCCGGAAACAUGGACGCAAAAUGGAUGAGGAAGAGAGGGAUGACAGGGAGCCAGGAGCCCUGCAUUCUUCUGCUUGAUAAAAGACUUUUUAAAGAUGUUCCUCCAAACCGCAUUCUGCUCCAGAUCUGGGCCAUGCACUAAUCAUUUGUCUAAUAUUUUUGUUGUUUUCAUAGCUCCACUUGUCUAUGCUUUUAUGUGAUCUUAUGAAGUCUCUUUCUUCAUCGCUGUGAUCUUACUGUAAAUAAAUGUCUCAUAUAGAGAAUGUAUCAUGUGCAUACAAUGUUCAAGAAGUGGGUGCUAUGAUACACACCUGUGUGAUCCAAUACAGUCCAGUACAUCAACCCGUGCAAUAAUACUACCUUGUGAAGCUUACAGUUUUUGUUGACUGUGUCCAAUAGACACUUUGCAAAGGUGGUACUAAUUGCACGUCUAUUUUUUUUCAAUAGUAUUGAAUUAGGUGUUCAUUUUAAUUUGUCUACCCCAUCCCUAUGUAUAUCAUAAUCUAAGCUAAUGGGAGAUGUAAUAUCUAGUUGCAUACACCAUAUAUGUUGUACAAUACUGUAAGGACACUACAGAAAAUUUCCCCUCCCUCCUCCUGUCUCUGUCUCUGUGUCUGUGCAGACAGUAUGCAAGCUCGAGCUGUUAGUGAGUUGGACAGUGGAAUGAUGUUUCAAAUACACUGAUGCUUGACCUCUGAGUUUUUUGAUUCUACUGUCUGUGUUUUGUGUGCAUGUGUUACUGAGGUUGAGAAAGUUACUAAAUAUCUUAAUAAAAUGACUAGACCAACAAAAUAUAAAUGUUGCUUGAAAACUACAUACUAAUACGUACAUAAUAGAAAGGACUUAUUUAUUUUCUGUUAUUUGUUAUGUUCUGUUAUUAUUUGUGUAGCAGGUCCUCCAGUGCUUACUGCAUAAAACUUUUAAUCAUCACUGGUAUAGAAAGCUUUGGUCUUUGUUUCUGUAGUCUAAAGCAGAAUUGUUACAGAUACAGUUAUCAGAAAUAAUCCAAAAAGAUCAAGAAAUGCUGGGCUCAUUCGGCUAUUUUAACAAACUCUAUUGCACAUUCAACAAAGCUAAUAAAAUAAUGUUGGGUUGUGUCUGUAACCUCAUAGUUAACCUAUGAUAACAUACAAUAUAAAAUAUAAUUACUCAGUUUACUUGCUAUAACA